CUUCGUUUUUUCUAUCUCUAAAAUCCAUCUCUCUCUAUAAACAAUAUUUUCUUCUAGAGAGAGACGAACUCAACCAAACAGGAAAAAAAAAAAAAAAAAAAAAAGUAAAGAGAGAGAGAGGGAAGGGUGGCCGGCCGCCUUGAAUAGAGAGAGAAAGAAACAUCCUUUGUCUUUCUCUUUCUAACCCAAAAUCUCGUAAAAGUCAAAAACACCAGAUCCCUAACGCGCACCAAAACAACCACCAUCCACCUUCAAAUACCGCCAUUAAUCUCCACCACCCUCUCCUUCUCAUCCUCCUUCUCUCUGCUGUUUCAUCAUCGUCGUCCUGCCGUAUCUCUCCCCCUUUGUCUCUCAAAGUGUCUACUGAGUUUUGCUUCCCAAUUUUACAAUUAGGUAGAGGAUUUUCAGGGUUUAUCGGUCAUGAGUUCCAAUACGGCGCCGUCGAGCUCGGGGGGCGCUGGAUCGGCCGAUUCUAAUGCUACCAGAAGGAAUUCCAAGCGACCCAAAUAUUCGAGGUUUACUCAGCAGGAACUUCCAGCGUGCAAACCUAUUCUGACUCCCGGAUGGGUUAUUGCAGCAUUCUUGCUCGUCAGCAUUGUCUUCAUUCCCAUUGGAGUAGCUUCGCUUCAUGCUUCACGAGAUGUUGUUGAAAUUGUUGAUCGUUAUGAAACUGAUUGUAUUCCUCCAAACUUCAGAGGUGCUAAAAGUGAGAGGAUCAAAUACAUACAAGACCCUGUAAAUGUUAAAACAUGCAACAGAACAUUAAGGGUGCCAAAGCAUAUGAAGAAGCCCAUAUACGUGUACUAUCAACUUGACAAUUUCUACCAGAAUCAUAGGAGGUAUGUUAAGAGCCGAAGUGAUGAACAGUUGAGAAAAAAUGGUAGUGCAAAUGAUGUGAGCUCUUGUAAGCCUGAAGAUAAUGUAAAUGGGCAGCCAGGACAGCCAAUCGUGCCUUGUGGUCUCAUUGCUUGGAGUUUGUUUAACGACACAUAUAAAUUUCAUCGGAAUAACCAGCAAUUGAGUGUGAACAAGAAGGAUAUCUCAUGGGAGAGUGAUAGGAAGCACAAAUUUGGCAAAAAUGUCUUUCCAAGGAACUUUCAGAAUGGAACUCUUAUAGGCGGUGCACAUCUCAAUAGCUCAAUACCUUUGAGUGAGCAGGAAGACCUUAUUGUGUGGAUGCGAACUGCUGCUCUGCCAACUUUCAGAAAACUGUAUGGGAAAAUAGAGGAGGAUCUCCAGCAAAAUGAGGUCAUACAAGUGACACUGGAGAACCGUUACAACACUUACAGUUUUAGUGGCAAGAAGAAGCUUGUACUUUCUACCACUAGUUGGCUUGGUGGCAAGAAUGACUUCCUUGGUAUUGCUUACCUCACUGUUGGUGGGCUGUGCUUCUUCCUGGCAUUGGCUUUCACGGUUGUAUAUCUUGUGAAACCAAGGCAACUCGGUGAUCCUUCUUAUUUGUCUUGGAAUCGAAGUCCAUCAGGGCACUAAGUUUGUGGGAGCCGUCUUCAUUAGAUAAGAUUUUCCGAAUGUAACGUAUGUGUAAUCGAUAAAGUACAUAGAAGUUUGACAAGCAGUGUCUUGGAUUUCUUUUUAUUUUUAUUUUCAAGUACGACAUCAUAAACUUACAUGUAUAAUUCCAGGAAACAGUAUUUAAUACAUUUUGUUUUAUUCCAUUCA